CCACUUCCGAAGAGCAACUCUCGCGAGAUUGUUGCUCAGGAACUUCCACGUCAGUACCCAGUGAUCUGUUCACUGAAGUCGCAACAUUCGGACUCGGAUAGCAAUUGUUCACAACACUUUUGUCUGAUAUUAUUGCGACAACAUAGGCAUAAAACAUGCCUCUGAGGCUGGACAUUAAGCGGAGGCUGACAGCCAGGUCUGACCGAGUGAAGAGUGUGGACCUACACCCAACCGAACCAUGGAUGCUGGCCAGUCUUUACAAUGGCAGUGUGUGUGUGUGGAACCACGAAACACAGACUCUCGUCAAGACCUUUGAAGUAUGUGACCUCCCUGUCAGAGCUUCUAAGUUUGUGGCAAGGAAGAACUGGGUCAUCACUGGAGCAGAUGACAUGCAGAUUCGUGUAUUCAACUACAAUACCUUGGAACGGGUUCACAUGUUUGAGGCCCACUCUGACUACAUCCGUUGCAUUGCUGUCCAUCCGACCCAGCCCUACAUUCUCACUAGCAGUGAUGACAUGUUGAUCAAACUUUGGGACUGGGACAAGAAAUGGUCGUGCAGCCAGGUGUUUGAGGGUCACACUCACUAUGUCAUGCAGAUUGUCAUCAACCCCAAAGACAACAACCAGUUUGCCAGUGCCUCCCUGGACAGGACAAUUAAGGUUUGGCAGUUAGGCUCUUCGUCUCCCAAUUUCACUUUGGAGGGUCAUGAGAAAGGAGUCAAUUGUAUCGACUAUUACAGUGGAGGAGACAAGCCCUACCUCAUCUCAGGGGCUGAUGACCGCCAAGUCAAGAUCUGGGACUACCAGAAUAAGACCUGUGUUCAGACUCUGGAGGGCCAUGCCCAGAAUGUCUCUUGUGUUAGUUUCCACCCAGAGCUGCCCAUCAUCAUCACAGGAUCGGAGGACGGUACUGUGCGUAUCUGGCACUCAAGCACUUAUCGCUUGGAAAGCACUCUAAACUACGGCAUGGAGCGUGUGUGGUGCGUGUGUGGCCUCAGGGGCUCCAACAAUGUGGCACUGGGCUACGAUGAAGGCAGCAUCAUUAUCAAGGUGGGCCGCGAGGAGCCAGCUAUGUCAAUGGACACUAACGGAAAGAUCAUCUGGGCUAAACACAGUGAAAUACAGCAAGCCAACCUGAAGGCCAUGGGUGAUGCUGAGAUCAAGGACGGAGAGAGGCUACCCCUGGCUGUCAAAGACAUGGGCAGCUGUGAGAUUUACCCCCAAACCAUCCAGCAUAACCCAAAUGGAAGGUUUGUUGUGGUGUGUGGAGAUGGAGAGUAUAUCAUCUAUACAGCAAUGGCUUUGAGGAACAAGAGCUUUGGCUCAGCACAGGAGUUUGUCUGGGCACAUGACUCUUCUGAAUAUGCCAUCAGAGAAAGCAACAGUACUGUCAAAAUCUUCAAAAACUUCAAAGAGAAGAAAUCUUUUAAGCCUGACUUUGGAGCAGAAGGGAUCUAUGGCGGUUUCUUGCUUGGGGUGAGAUCAGUGAAUGGCCUGGCAUUUUAUGACUGGGAGAAUACAGAGCUGAUCCGCCGCAUCGAGAUCCAGCCCAAACACAUCUUCUGGUCAGACUCUGGUGAACUGGUCUGCAUUGCCACAGAGGAGUCCUUCUUCAUUCUGCGCUAUAUGGCAGAUAAAGUAGCUGCCUCUCAAGAGAACAAUGAAGGAGUCACUGAGGAUGGUAUUGAAGAUGCAUUCGAGGUCCAAGGAGAGAUCCAGGAGAUUGUGAAGACUGGACUCUGGGUAGGAGACUGCUUCAUCUACACCAGCUCUGUGAACAGGCUCAACUACUAUGUAGGAGGAGAGAUUGUCACUAUUGCUCACUUGGACAGAACCAUGUAUCUGCUUGGUUACAUACCAAAAGAUGACCGUUUGUACCUGGGAGACAAAGAGCUCAACAUUGUCAGCUACUCCCUGCUGGUCUCUGUCCUCGAGUACCAGACUGCCGUAAUGAGAAGGGACUUUGGAAUGGCUGACAAGGUGCUACCCACAAUUCCUAAAGAGCAGCGGACCAGGGUGGCCCAUUUUCUGGAGAAACAGGGUUUCAAGCAGCAGGCGCUGGCUGUGUCCACAGACCCGGAGCACAGGUUCGAGCUAGCGUUGCAACUGGGAGAGUUGAAGAUUGCCUACCAGCUGGCUGUGGAGGCAGAAUCAGAGCAGAAGUGGAAGCAGCUAGCUGAGCUGGCCAUAAGUAAGUGCCAAUUCGGCCUGGCCCAGGAGUGCUUGCACCACGCCCAGGAUUAUGGUGGCCUGCUCCUCCUUGCCACAGCGUCUGGCAAUGCCACUAUGGUGGGCAAGUUGGCCGAGGGGGCAGAAAGGGACGGCAAGAACAAUGUGGCCUUCAUGACAUACUUCCUGCAGGGGAAACUGGAUCAGUGUUUGGAACUCCUGAUCAGGACAAACCGACUACCUGAAGCGGCCUUCCUGGCUCGCACCUACCUGCCCAGUCAGGUGUCCCGUGUGGUCAAAUUGUGGCGAGAGAACUUGGCUAAGGUCAACCAGAAGGCUGCUGAGUCCCUCGCAGACCCUACUGAGUACGAGAAUCUGUUCCCUGGGUUGAGAGAAGCCUUUGCAGCUGAAUAUUACCUCCGAGAAACCUGCUUGGGCAACACUAGGCCUGCCAAGGAUUAUCCCCUUGUCACACUCAAUGAAGACAGGAAUAUUCUUGAGGAGGCUCAGGGAUAUGAGCCCAAAGGAACCAUCAUUCCUCCUGUCUCAAAGACACAGGAUAGUGAGGAGUCAGUGGCAGCAGCUUCUGUUCCUGCACCAUCUGUGAUGUCGGCACCUGCUGCUCCUACCACAGUGGACAAAGAAGGGAAGGACGACGAGGAGGAGGAGGAGGAGAUCUCUGCAUUCUCAGAAAAAGAAAAGACUCUGGACGAGCUUGAAGUGGACCUGGACAACAUGGAGCUGGAUGACAUCGACACCACAGACGUUAACCUUGAUGAUGACUUCCUAGAUGAUUGAGACCUGCUCACCAGCACUCUUCAGAGCCUAUUUAAAAAAAAAAAAAAGAAGAGAAAGAGACCAAACCCAUUUCCCCUCCUUUUUUUGUAUUUGUACGUAAAAAUAUUAUAUUGUCAUGUCCACCUACGGGGGUGACAGGAUUAAAACUGAUGAUGAUGAUGAUGAUAUCAGUUACGUUUUAUUCUAAGAGGAAAAGUAGCCUGAUCACAUCUAUUUCAGACUCUUCAUUUUAUACACCAUUUAUUGAUUGUCUGACAAACUGUCACUAACUGUCCAUUGAGUGAUAUGUUAUACUUGCUCUUUGCUUUUUGUUGUCUGUAAUGGCAAAUGAAAAUUCAUUCAGUCCAAUAAACUGCGGUUGAUGUACAUAUUCA